AAUCCAGUUAUGCUCAUUGAGGGAGAGGACGGGGAUGCAAGUCAUCAUCGAAAAUUAAAAUUGCACCAUCUCAUCUCAAGCUCUGACUGACGGAAACAAUAGAAAAAUCAAUUACGGGGAUGCUGCCUGUGAGGAACCAAGGAUAAAUAUAGUAGUAAAUACAACCCCGCAAACAGACACUGAAAACGGACAAGAAAAAGCACCGCUUUAUGUUAUGCUAUUCGAUUGUGUUGCGGUACACAGGUUUUCGGACGGAUUUUUAAAUUGCAGCGGACCUAAGGGGAGGUGUUUUUGUUUCUCUGUUUUUGCUUGACAACUUUGCGGGCUGUAUGCACGGAGCCGAUGUGAUGCUGCUGCCACGGGGAAGAUUUGCCGGAGGUUUGCAAGCCACUUCGCAAAGUUCAGCGGUGCGGUUUUAGGAUCGCUCCUAUAAGUCAGCCUUGGGAUAGGUGUAUUUAUUCUUUUUUGGGGGAAUUGAGAGCGUCUUGAAUAUACCCGAGGCUCGCAGAAAUCUGGAAAGUAAUGGAGUUUCGGCUCACUUUGGAUGCUCUGGUGCUCGUGUUUGCUCUCAUCAGCGUUACUUUAGGAUCCCGGCCUCGCAUGGAGGACACCCCACCUCGGAUUGUGGAACAUCCGUCUGACCUGAUCGUCUCCAAGGGCGAGCCGGCGACCCUAAACUGCAAGGCGGAGGGCCGGCCGGCACCCACAGUGGAGUGGUACAAGGACGGCGAGCGCGUGGAGACGGACCGCGAGGAUCCCCGCUCGCACCGCAUGCUGCUGCCCAGCGGUUCGCUCUUCUUCCUGCGCAUCGUGCACGGCCGUCGCAGCAAGCCCGACGAGGGCGUCUACGUCUGCGUGGCCCGCAACUACUUGGGCGAGGCGGUCAGCAGGAACUCCUCUCUGGAAGUGGCCAUUCUGCGGGACGACUUCCGGCAAACACCCAGCGAUGUGGUGGUGGCUGCGGGGGAGCCGGCGGUGAUGGAGUGCAUCCCCCCGCGGGGGCACCCCGAGCCCACCAUCUCCUGGAAGAGGAACAACGUACGGGUCAACGACAAGGACGAAAGGAUCACCAUCCGGGGUGGCAAGUUGAUGAUCUCCAACACGAGGAAGAGCGACGCAGGCAUGUACGUGUGCGUGGGCACCAACAUGGUGGGCGAGAAGGACAGUGACCCUGCCGAGCUGGUGGUUUUCGAGCGGCCGGUAUUUGUGCGGAAGCCGGUGAACCAGGUGGUGCUGGCUGACGACACGGUGGACUUUCUGUGCGAGGUGCACGGCGACCCGAACCCCACGGUGCGCUGGCGACGGGAGGAGGGGGAGCUGCCCCGGGGCCGGUCCGAGAUCCGCAGUGACAACAGCCUGCGACUGACCCAGGUGCGCGCGGAGGACGAGGGCACCUACACCUGCGUCUCAGAGAACAGCGUGGGCAAGGCAGAAGCUUCUGCAACCCUGCAGGUUCAUGUACCCCCCCAGAUCGUCAUCCGUCCCCGGGACCAGAUCUCUGCCCCCGGACGCAGCGUCACCUUCCUCUGCGGCACCAAGGGCAACCCGCCGCCGGCCGUCUUCUGGCAAAAGGAGGGCACUCAGAUCCUACUCUUCCCCAGCCAGCCCCCUUCACAGUCUGGCCGCUUCUCCGUCUCCCUGAGCGGCGAGCUGACCAUCGCCGACGUGCGUUCCGAGGAUUCCGGGUACUACAUUUGCCAGGCUAUAAGUGUGGCCGGCAGCAUCCUGACCAAGGCCUUGCUGGAGGUGGAGAACGCGCCGUCAGACCGCAUCCCUCCAAUCAUCCGGCAAGGCCCGGCCAAUCAGACUCUGUCCCUGGGAGCCACGGCACAGCUUCACUGUCACGUGAUGGGCAACCCCUUACCCAGCAUCCAAUGGGAGAAGGAUGGGCAAAGGAUCCUGGGUAAUGAUGCCCGCAUCAGCCUGAUGGAGAAUGGCACCUUACAGAUCGCGGCACUGCAGGAAACAGAUUCCGGGGCCUACACCUGCGUCGCUUCCAGCUCGAGCGGCGAGACAAACUGGAGUGGAAUCCUCACAGUGAAAGAGAGAGGGGCCCCUGCCGUCCCCAGGGCCUCGGAGCCCAUCCAGCUGCCCGGACCGCCACAGAAGCCCGUGGUCACCGACGUAACCCGGAACAGCGUGACACUGACGUGGCAGCCCAACCCGCACGAAGGGGGAGCCGCCGUCACCUCCUACAUCAUCGAGGCCUUCAGCCAAUCGGCAGGCAGCACCUGGCAGACGGUGGCGGAUCUGGUGAAGCUGGAGAAGCACACGGUCAGCGGCCUGUACCCCAACACCAUCUACCUGUUCAUCGUGCGUGCGGUCAACGCAUAUGGCCUCAGUGACCCCAGCCCCAUCUCAGAGCCCGUCCGCACGCAAGACGUGAGUCCCACGGGGCAGGGAGUGGACCACCGGCAGGUGCAGAGGGAGCUGGGUGAAGUGGCGGUGCAGCUGCAGGAUCCGGUGGUGCUCAAUGCCUCCAGCGUCCAGGUCACCUGGACGGUGGACCGCCAGUCCCAGUUCAUUCAGGGCUACCGGCUGCUGUACCGGCCCAAAGGUGGUGUUUGGCUCGUGCAGGACGUGAAAGCUGCUCCGGAGCGCAGUGCUGUCAUAGCUGACCUGCGCAGGGGCACGGAGUACGAGAUCAAGAUUCGGCCGUAUUUCGACGAGUUCCAGGGGAUGGACAGCCGGCUGCUGCUGGUCCGUACGCCUGAGGAAGUCCCAAGUGCUCCCCCUCGAGCUGUCGCCGUGGUGACAGUAAAAGUGAGCAACAGCUCCAGCAUCAGUGUCUCAUGGGAACCUCCCCCCGCCGAGUCCCAGAAUGGAGUCAUCCAGGAAUACAAGGUGUGGUGCUUAGGCAACGACACCCAGGCACGGUACCACAUCAAUAAGACAGUGGAUGGCACCAUCCUGUCCACGGUCUUGAAGGGGCUGCUCCCUGGUGUCCUGUACCAGGUGGAGGUAGCAGCUGUUACCAGUGCGGGAGUGGGGGCUCACAGUCAGCCCGUGUCCGUCCUCAUCAAGCUGCCGGCCGAACAGCCCUCGGUGCCAGCUGAGCCGGAUGAGAACGUCAGCCUGGCGGAGCAGAUCACCGACGUGGUCAAGCAGCCGGCCUUCAUCGCGGGCAUCGGUGGUGCCUGCUGGGUCAUCCUCAUGGGCUUCAGCGUGUGGAUCUACUGCCGCCGUAAGAAGAGGAAGGAGCUGAGCCACUACACGGCCUCCUUCGCCUACACCCCUGCAGUAGGAUUUCCACACGGAGAGGCAUCGGGACUCAAUGGAAGGCCGGGAAUGCUGAGCAACAACAUGGGAAACUAUCCUUGGCUGGCUGACUCUUGGCCCACAACUAACCUCGUCCACAAUGGCAAAGACUCUGUGAACUGCUGCACAUCAAAGCAUGACUCUACCGAGAGAUAUUACAAUGAGGCGGGCAUCUCCAAUUACCUCAGUCAGACAGAGAAGUAUGGUACAAGUUCCACUGAAGGCCCCAUUUACAGUACCAUUGACCCAACCAGUGAGGACUUGCGCAAUUUCAAUGCACCCUACUCCCAGCACACCACCCCUUACGCCAGCACCCCUGUCAUGCCUUACUCUGGCCAAGCGCCCUGCAGCCCAGACCAGGAGACCAACCACUGGAUGAUCCAGCCAGGGCCCUCUGGAGCUCAGUAUGCCCAGCCAGACCGCUCAAGGACAGAGAAUGUGAAGCAAAAGCAAAAGUCGAUGGGGAAGCCUGUGAAGACUCCCUCCCUGAAUUGGGCGGAGGCACUACCCCCACCCCCGUCAAGCGGAGAGCUGGAGGAGUGCAUGGAGGAAGCAGACAGAGAUGCUGAUGAAGAGGACUUGUGCUCUGAAGAAGAGGACUGGUGCCCUCCUCUGCCGGAGAGGACCUACCUGAUGGACGGCUCCAUGGAGGAUGGCCCGCUCCCACCUCCUCGGGGGGAGGCCUCAUCCCCCACAACCUCAUACAGCCACCAGUCCACGGCCACACUCACCCCGUCGCCCCGUGAGGAGGGACGCCCCAGCGAGGACAUACCACGUCUGCACCACCUCGAAAUGCCCCAGCUGACACGGCGCCUGCCUUGCGGACCAAUCCCAGUACCACGGGCCCCCAGCCCGUCUCUGAACCAGUCCAACCCCAACCUCUCAGCCGGUCACGAGGGCCCCGAAAGUGCAACGCCGGUCCGCACUGGACACCGCCGAGACCCCAGCCAAGGGGCAGCACAGAGCUCGGAGAAUGUUAGCAAUACGGGGGCAGGCCGAGCCCACCUCUCCCCAGCAGACAGCAUGCACACCCCCCCCGGACAGAAAUCCCGAGGCAAGAAGAAAUCAUCCAAGAGUAGCCAGUACAGGAGAGAGCUGAAUCAAGGAGAUUUGCCCCCGCCCCCCGAGCCACCCCCUACAGAAGAAGCCACAGAGUGCAGAGGGACGUCACUGGAUAGAGACGGGGGCUCGGCCUCUUCCAUGGAGCGGAGAGGAGAGCACAGCACCCCCUACAGGAGGGGUGCAGGACAGCGGCGCAAGGAAGACGAGGACAUCUUCCCGUACAAUAAACCCAGCUUUCUCACAAGGGGACAAGUGUCAAGCAACUGCUCCACAACAGGAAGUUCAUCAUCGAGGGGAUCCACGGGGUCACGUGGGCUGGGGUCAAGCAGGAAACGAAGUGAGGAAAUAAGAUAAAUGGAAGACAGCUCUAUUCCAUCCUCCAUGCGACCUGUCAGCAAUGCCUCCAGUUUUAUAUCCGAACUCCUGACCUCCGUCCACUGAUGAAAAUCUUUGAAAGCAAGAGAAGUGUACAGGACGACUGUCCGCCUUGUUGGAUUCAAAUGACUGACAUGAUGUUUUUUAUAGCUAUUAUUAUUUAUGAUUCUGGGUUUCGUGCCUCUGACCUCUCAACUCCAUGUGUAAAUAGGUUUCUCUGUAAGGUUUUUAUGUGGGCUAUGGAUGUGGGGAAAGACAGAAAAUAUAUUGUAUUUAUAACAAAGGGAAAAAUGAAAAAGGUCCAAUAUUAUAAAGUUAUUGUUUGAAUGUGCCAACCUCGUAGAGAUGUAUACCAUUGAAAAGCAUAAAUACUAUUGCGCUGUUGUUGUAAUAGAGAAACACAAAAUGUGAAGCACAAUUGGUGUCAACAACCAGCCAGCCAGCACCUCCCAUCUCCCCCCAUGUCACUGUGGAUGCUUCUGCCUGUUCUCUUCGUCCAUGGAUCCUUGUUGUCAUGGUCCGACAAGAAUGUUUUUUUUUUUUAUCACGUUCGUUUUUGUUUUCAUUUUUGUUUAACUUUCUUCAGAGACGACCUUCGGCAGCGGCUCAGGGUGGCUCGUUUGAGCCGUUACGCGAUGGAGCACCCCUGAAGCCGUGUGGCAACGCGCCUCGUUCAAAAAAAAAAAAAACACCAA